CCUAUUUAGUUUGUAUCAAGCAUUCUGCAACUCUUUCAACUUGACAAAUGAAUCAUAAGUAGUUCGGGAUAUAUGUCUCGCGGACACCAUCCUGCAUCCCCGCUCCUCCCCCUUUUUCCCCGUUCCAUUUUAUAAUUGAUCAAGAUGUCUUGUUCUUAAUUUGAGGUUUAUAUUUAAUUUAGGUUCAUGGUCAAACUGGGGUGCGUUUGAUGCAUGUAGUGAAACUUGUCAAUCAAAUGUUAUUGAAGCCCCUACCCAAUUGAGAAGAAGAACAUGUAAUGGUGGAAGGUUCGAUGGAACAUGUGCUGGAAGCUCCGUAGACACGCGAAAUUGCAAUAUUGCAGUUACAUGUCCAGGAAGUCUGACACAAUGGUCUGAGUAUGGCCCAUGCUCUGCUACUUGUCAAUCAGGCCUGAUUGCUCCAACCCAACAGAGAACGCGUACUUGUAUGGGCGUCACGUUUGGAGGAAAUUGUAAUGGUGCUUCAUUAACGGAAACGGGUAACUGCAAUGUUGGAGUGACUUGUCUGGUUUCAUGUCCUGUUCGAAAAAGAUGUAACUGCAGUUUGACUUUGCAAUUUCCAACAACUGCUCCUGCUCUUGGAUACUUUAACAUAGACGACGCCAGAAUUCAUGCUGCCAUUAAUACAUUGACCUACUGGACAAAAGAAAUUCAACAUCAAAUCUGUGAUGCCUGUAAUCUCCAGCGAUUACAAGCGAGUGUGACAAUGGUUAAUUCACACGUCACCCAAGUUAAAGCAAUGAUUAAUCGUUUGAAUGAGAUUAAGAAACAAUUACGUGAUAUCAUCAACUGUAACAAAAAUGUUUUGAUUGGUUCUCAGUUAUGGGCAUUAUACGACUAUCUGUACACUCGUUGCACAAUGUUAAAUGGUGUGUACAUUGAAUUAGUUGCGUGCAAAAUGAAAUUUGAAGCUGCGAACAAUUCUUGCCAGAAAUACGGUUGGUUCCAUGACGUAAUAAAAUACGUUUACAGUAAAUGGUAAAGUGAGAAGAAAAGUCACAACAUUUUAUAAUGAAAACAGCACGGAAUUAUUAUAAAAGUAUUAACCAAAACUGCACAACAUAUUUUAACCCGUCACACAAAAGUUGAUCUGGUUGAACAAGUAGACUUUUUAAAAAAAGUCCACUUUUUUAUUGUAGGCUACUAGGAUGUUUAUAAGGAUUGUUGAAGUUUGUUUUGUGUUCAUUGCUUAAGUUAGUAAUUUUUUUGAUAUCUUAAAUCAGGGGGGAUAGGUGUGGAGCUGUAUGGGUAUAUUGUUCAGUAGCUGGAAUAGGGAGGGUUGACUGAUUAUAAACCAAUAAUGAUUCGUUUAUAUAACAUAACGAUUGCUGUUAUUUAGCGUUGUGCUUGUUGCAACAAAUUUAAUUUUCAUUUGUAAUGUAACCAGCCUGGUUAUCAAUUCAAAGAAAAUGUAAAAAAUAAGACAAAACGAAAAGAAUCAUCAUUCUCCAAAAAUUUCGCGACGAUAAAUUUUAAGCAAAUAAGUCAUUUCCACUAGUUUUAAUUAUUUUUUUUCGCUAAUUCACCCGUUGAGGAAUAUUUCUACGAAUAAAGAUAAAUAGGUCUUUAGAAUGGUGGUUUCGCUAUAUUUUUUCACACGUGUUAAAUUUUUCCAUUUUGUUUUUACAAAUUCUAAACUCUCUUUCAUGACUUUUUUUACGUAAAUAAUAAACUUUGCACUGGGUUUAUAACUGUAACAAUUUUUUAUCGCACAAACGAUCUUAAUAGAUUCCGAUUUCAAACAUCACAGAAACUUUGUAUUUUUGUAUUUUGGGUAAAUCUUUAUUAUAAAAGACUAGUUAGUUAACCCAUAUAUAAAGCCACAAAAAUUUGACCUCGUACAUAUUUCAA